CUCCGGCCUCGCCGCCCUGCCCUUCCUCUCGCUCUCUCUUCGUCGCGCAGGGCGUCUCGGGCCUACCUCGUCGUUUCCUGACUCACCGCUGUUCCGGGGGGCCUUUGCGCGCUCGCUUCGGCCAGGAAUAAGUCGGUCAGGAAAGCUUUCCCGGCGGCGGCGGCGGCGGCCAUGGCAUUUAAAGAUACUGGGAAAGCACCUGUAGAACAGGAAGUUGCCAUUCAUCGAAUCCGAAUUACCUUGACAAGCCGUAAUGUGAAGUCUCUAGAAAAGGUCUGUGCAGAUCUGAUCAGAGGCGCUAAGGAAAAAAAUCUGAAAGUGAAAGGACCUGUCCGCAUGCCUACCAAGACUUUGCGCAUCACUACAAGGAAAACACCCUGUGGAGAAGGUUCCAAAACAUGGGAUCGUUUCCAGAUGCGUAUUCACAAGCGUCUCAUCGAUUUACAUAGUCCUUCGGAGAUUGUCAAGCAAAUUACUUCUAUCAGCAUUGAACCUGGUGUAGAAGUUGAAGUUACUAUCGCUGAUGCUUAAAUGAGUGUCAUGUACAUCAAUAAAAGUUGAAAACUUUCUACCUA